CUUCCCUUAAUAAAUAUUUAUGCCAUUGAUAAGUUUUCUAACUUCACCAACAGCACUCUCUUCGUCAAAGAUUAAAAUACCCCUCCUCUCUCAUUCCUUAGUUAUAGCAGUUUACGAUCCUUUUUUUUGAAAUGUCUGCUAAUUAUAAAAGAUUUUCCAAAUUUUUGCUAGGUGGCCUUUCAGUUGGCUGCGUCGGUGGGUACUUUGCCUAUAAAAAUCAGAAUAAGCCUAUCGGCCUUAAUCCGGAAGUUUAUUCUCCCUUUACUGUCUCUAAGAUUACCAAAAUUACUCCUGAUGCCAGUAUAUUCACUCUCACUCCCCAGGGUUCUACUGAAAAUAUGAAGAAUUGGGAUCCUAUUACCAAAGUCACUAUUCGCAACCCAGAUAUGCAAGUUCAGCGUCCUUAUACCCCUUUAUACAUCAAUGAGGAUAAUUUAAAGUUCUACAUCCGCAACUAUGAAGAUGGACCUGUGAGUUCCCAUAUCCAUUCCAAAAAAGAAGGAGACACCAUCGAACUUCGUGGUCCCUUCAAGACUACAAAGCUAGAUUUCACUAAGUUCUCUAGAAUUGUUGGUAUUGUUGCCGGUACCGGUUUUGCUCCUAUCUAUCAGUUAGCUCAGAACUCGAAAGUUCCUGUUGAUAUCGUCUAUUGCGAACGACCAGGUCAAGAGCCUGCUUUGAAGGAGCAAUUAGAGAAAGAAUGUCCCAAUGUUCGUGUCCGCACAAUCCAAGAUCGCUUGAUAGAUGUAGACGAUAUUAUGAAAUGGGAUAAUGUUAACGUCCCUUUAAGUGAGACUCUUUGUAUCAUUUGCGGAAAUCCCAAAUUUGUUGCUACGGUUGCUGGACCGAAGGCCGAAUAUGGAGCCAAGCAAGGUCCUGUAAAGGGACUUUUGGAAAAUUCUUCUUUUGGCAAAGUUUGGAAACUUUGAGUUGAAGCACUCUCAGAGUAUCUUGUUCAUAUUGGGUAACUCUUUGAGACCUCCAAAAAGUUUGUACUUCAAAAGUAUAUUCAAUGAAAUUGACUUCACACAACAUAAAAAAACUGUGAUGGACUAGUAAAUCAAGGAAAGAUCUGUCAUCGACUUUCGUCAACAUAAAUUCUCAUGAAAUUGAAUAAGCAAAAGUAACUAUUAUUGUGUAAAGGAAACGUAUAGAGGAAAGAAAGACAGACAGUUACUGAAAUCGUUAUCUAACAUUAUGUAAGGC